AUAAAAAUAAAACCACUGUAACAUUUUGACAAAAAACUCGUAAUCUUUAAUUGGGGCCAAGAGUUCACUCACAAGAGGAGAAGACAUGGGUCAGUCAUCUCAAGAUAAGGGGCCGCCGAAUGAACCUUUGCUAGAAUCCGAACCGCCAACGUUGGCGGCGGCGAAAAUAAGCUCUGAACUUGAAGAAAUCCUGUCCGACACAAGCUUGUCACAUCUUCAGCGGUUUGGACGGGCAUCCGUCGUAGAGCUGAGAAAUCUCUUCCGUCUAGCAGCUCCUGCUAUCAUUGUUUACUUACUUAACAACAUCACUUCCAUGUCUACUCAGAUCUUCUGUGGCCAUCUUGGCAAUCUUGAACUUGCUGCUGCUUCCCUUGGUAAUAGUGGCAUUCAACUUUUGGCUUAUGGAGUCAUGCUGGGAAUGGGAAGUGCAGUGGAGACAUUAUGUGGGCAAGCAUAUGGAGCUCACAAGUAUGAAAUGCUAGGGAUAUAUCUCCAAAGAUCAACCAUUCUUCUUAUGCUUACCGGAAUACCACUAACAGUGGCCUACUUAUUUUCUAAGCCAAUCUUGAUUUUACUAGGACAAUCCAAGAAAGUAGCAUCUGCAGCAGCACUAUUUGUCUAUGGUCUAAUUCCCCAAAUAUUUGCUUAUGCUGCCAAUUUUCCAAUCCAAAAAUUCUUACAGGCUCAAAGCAUUGUCAAUCCUAGUGCAUAUAUAGCAGCUGUGACAUUAGUUUUUCACCUUUUCUUAACAUGGCUUGUGCUUUAUGUAUUUGAUUGGGGAUUGUUUGGAGGAGCUUUGGUUUUGAGUAUUUCAUGGUGGAUAGUUGUGAUUGCGCAAUUUGUAUAUAUUUUGUGGACUGAUCGAUGUAAGAAAACAUGGAACGGAUUUAGCCUUCAAGCAUUUUUUGGAAUGUGGGAUUUCUUCAAGUUGUCUCUUGCUUCAGCCGUGAUGUUGUGUCUCGAGACUUGGUACUUUCAAAUUUUAAUUUUAAUUGCUGGUUUGCUUCCAAAUCCUGAGGUAGCCUUGGACUCUCUGGCUGUUUGUACGACAAUUCUAGGGUGGGUGUUCAUGAUAUCUGUUGGCUUCAAUGCAGCAGCAAGUGUGAGAGUGAGCAAUGAGCUAGGAGCUGGACAUCCAAAAUCAGCAGCAUUUUCUGUUGUGGUGGUGACAUUGAGUUCCUUUAUCAUUUCUGUAAUAUUUGCAAUUCUGGUGUUAUUACUGCGUCAUGUGAUGAGCUAUGCCUUCACGAGCGGAGAAACCAUAGCAGAAGCAGCCUCAGAUCUUGCUCCGCUCUUGGCUCUAUCUCUCAUACUCAAUGGUAUUCAACCUGUUUUAUCUGGGGUUGCUGUUGGGUGUGGAUGGCAAGCUUUUGUGGCCUACGUUAACGUGGGAUGCUACUACGUUGUUGGCAUUCCAUUGGGUGUUAUUCUCGGUUUUAACUUCAAGCUCGAAGCUAAGGGAAUAUGGCUGGGGAUGUUAGGAGGAACAGCUAUGCAGACCAUCAUCUUACUGUGGGUGACUUUUCGAACCAAUUGGGAGCAAGAGGUGGAAAAAGCAAAGAGCCGAUUAAAUAUGUGGCAAGACCAGAGUAAAAAGCCAUUGUUGAAUGAUUGAGAAGCAACAGCCGGAAAAUUAGCUAAUUCAGUUUGACCAAUGACAAAAUGUCAUCCCUUAUUUCACUGUCUUAAUUUUCGUACUUUUCAUCUCUAGGCACAUUAACCGUUGGAAAAUUGUUAAAGAAAAUGGGGUAUGGAUAUAUAAUAUAUUUUAGCCAUUCCACA